AAAUCAUAUGUCGCUGUCAAAGCUGACGGUCAAGAGACGCCAUGCCUUAUUCAUGUUUACAAAAGUGAAAAUGAAGAGAUUUGGAGAAAUACGACAACUGUUCUUUCAUUCCUCUCUUCAAAUGGUGGACAUGAUAACAUCUUGCCCUUUUUAUGGAGUGCUAAAGGUAAAGAUGUUAUUUCGUUUAGAGAAAAACGAAGCAGAUAAUAUGCAUCAAUAAACACUGGUUUUCAACAACAAAAAUACAUCACUGCCAAAAGUAAAAUGGUUUUGGUGCACAUUUGGGGGAGUAGGUUUUGCUUCCGAAAUUGUUAAUUCGAUGUGAAAAGGGCCAGUCUUUACUGAACGUUGUUGUAACCUGAUUCGUCCGAUAGGGAAUGUUGACAGAAUUGGUUAGGAUAAUCCUUUCUGAUGCAGUAGCGGUGUCUCGUUAUCCGACGUUUAUUUUAAUACCGGAGCCCCCGUAGAAAGCAUGCAAAUCAACCAGAUUGAGCUACGUCCUUCGCAAUUCCGGAUACUUUCAGAUGCAAAUAAGAUUUAUUAACACAGUGACCCACUUUCGUAUUUAGAUACAUUACUAAUCGUUAAUUUGGGGCCGGCAAAAGCUAGGGUGCCUAUGUAUCCAAAUAAAGACCAGUUUCUUGCUUGCUGAUCUCCAACAAAAGUUGAGGAUAUCAAUCUGCCAGAUAGACAUACAUGUACAAUGCAAGUUUUUUCCAUGUUUGUAUAUAUCGAACAAUCAUCUUAUUUACUUGAACAGUUGUUCUGCCUCGCAUAGAAAUCAGCGACUAAUGACUUAAUUUGAAUUAUUAAAAUCCUUGUCACAUCUUGUCAGUUUUAUCUGGAUGUUGCAACACAUAAUGUACACAUAGUAAACUGUGGGCCAUGCUCACAAUUAAUUUCCUUGCAACUUUGUAUAACGUGCCUUUGUCUCGAUUGUUCUUAUUAGGGGACAAAGUGAGGGUCGAGAACAUAGAGUCCUUGAAAACGAUCAAGUUGGAAGUGGAAAACGAUGAUUGGUAUGGACGUAUUGAUAUAUUACAAGGCUAUAGUAUAAUUUCAUUUUUGCAGCUAUUGUUACAAAUUGACUUUGUUGCCACAUUGGUUUCCAUUUUUAUUCUUAGUUUGAUCUGUUAUGAGCUGCCUUCAAAACAAACAUUGGAUGUAUUCCUUAAGUUGAAUAACCAGGAAAUUGCUGAAGAGAAAGUCUACUAUAUUUUGAACGGUCUUAUUCGAGCAAUUCAUUAUCUUUCUUCAAAAAAAGUUGUUCUCCGCUCCGUUCUUCCAGAGAAUAUCAUUCUUGUUGAAUCCCCUCAGGUAAGGGCAUUCAUAUAUUUUAUCCGUAUACACUGUAAUCUGGGGGGGGGGAGCCAUUUUGACCUGGGUUUUCCUCUGGAGAAACCCCAAAAUAGAAUAAUACACAAUGUGCACAGUUAUUCAGUCAAAUAAUUUUCAGAUUGGAUGGAAGCCUAGCUAGAUUUCAAAGUUUUCGUUCCAAAUACCCAGUUACUGCCCUUAAUAACGAAUUUAAGCAAAAAUUAAUCUAGUAUGGUGACGUGACAAGAAACAGCCUCAAAUUUUAUACUUCAAAAAUUCGGUAGCGAUAUUGUAGGAACCAUAAGCAAGAAGGACGCAAAUGCAACGACGACGACCAUUAAUUUAAUGACAAUUAUAAUUAUUGUGCAAAGAAAUUAUUAACUAAAUUGUCAUAAAAGUAUUAGAUGUCGUUCUUUUCUGUUUACAACAGCAAAUUAAAGGACUAUGAAGUCCUGUAUACAACGGCUACAUUUCAAGCUGUGACAACGGCUAUUUCAGAUUUCAUCAUGGAACUCUUCUCGACAUAAAUUAUUGUCUUAACCACCAUCCUCAAAAUGUAUAAAUUUCAUACGAUGCUAAAAUUGACGACAUAUUUUCCUUACAGUAACCCAGUUUAAUGUGUUUAUUUACUGUCGUGGUACCUUUACCGUCCCCUGAUCAGGCGGAAUUUUGCGCGGUGCGGUUUUUUCUUUUCCUUGUGAAUUCUUGGAUGAAUUUAUCAGAAAAAACGCCUAGCAGAAAACCGGUUUAGUUCGCUAAUUUCUAUAAUUGAAACACCACAGGGACCGAAAGUUAUGAUUUGUUCUAGUUUUAUGAUUUGUUUCUAAAUCGCUCUAGCUGUCAUUGUGAAAAUUCAUUUUUAAAACUUUAUGCAUUAUUCUACUUUUUGAUUUGGAAUGAUCAGUUUCGCCAGUUGCCCACAUAAUCGCGUUGUUCAUGUAUUAAUUAUUAUGUGAAAUACUUUUGUCAGUGAUAGCUGGCUCAUUAAAAUUAUGAAGUUUUAUGCAGGAAAUAAAUGAAAAUUGUCGUAUAAAAACUUCCCAAUUGUUCGAUUUUACCUAGGAUUAUUUAUAAUUCUUAAAAUUCAGUAAUUUCCAGGUUUUCUUGUCGGGGAUUUGCUACCUUCCUAAAUCAACUUGUGUAAAGAACUAAUUAAGAUAGACAAUUUGAGAUGCAACAGAAGAGCAGAACCACACUGUAAAUUUCAAAGAGUUGAAUCAACUCCGAAAGUGUCAUUCUUUCACCGUCUUUGGUGACAGAAUAGCAUUUUUGGACUUGAUUUAACUCCUUUAAAUUUACAGUGCACUAAGAUGUGUUUGCCCAUGAAUUGGCUCAGCCCCGCAUGAGUAUUUAAGUGACCAAAUCGUGACAAUUUGAUUAGGUGAAAAGUUCAAUAAUUGUUCACGAAUUCGCAAUGAUAUAUUCAAAAAGGAUAUUUUCAAGCAAAUGCCUCAUCCUCUUAUACCUUUAGCUUGGAGUAGUAACCACUGUACUUGGAGGGCUGCAUAAAGCCAAAUUUGUAUCCUCCUCAUCAGAGGAGGGUAAUGAACUCAGCGAAGAAAACCUAAAAGAGCUAGAAGUGAAUGUGAUGACAUUUGGAAAUAUGACAAAAAUGUUACUUGCAGUUUGCCCAGCACUGGAUAAAUACCAGGAGGUAAGUUGCCAAAUACCAGAAUAUAAUCCUCAUACCUUUUAACUGAGUAGGAAUGCAGACAUUCAGUAGAAAUGUCUGGAAUUGUUACAUACAACUUUUAGUCAGUGACAGACGAGCUUCUUGAGUGGAAUUUUCACACCAUAGGUGUUCGUUAACACGAAAGUUUAACGAUAAAAUAAAAAAUAAAAUGUAAAGAUGGCAUUAAAAUUCAGUUUUUCGUGUAACAUUCAUAUUGUUGAAACGUCUACAAGCCACCUCUAUCCUAGUUUGGACACGUGUUAAAGUUCCUCCAUUUUUAUACUAGCUUGUUGAUAUUAUGGUGUCUUGCUUGAGUGAUUGCAAACCAACCGCGUCAGAUUUGGUGGAACAAUUGGCUCUAAUGGACCGAUGAACUACUUUAUUUGAUACUGUAUAUCUAAGUUUUAAAUUAUUUGUAAGAAUAGUUGAUAUAGAACAAUAGGAGUUUAAGUUCAGCAUACUGUAACUGCACGGUUUAAUUAGGCAUAUUCAUAUUUAAAAACUAGGUUAAAUAUGUUUCCAUUUUUUAGGCAUUCAUUUUGGUUUGCUCAUUAAAUUUAACUUAAUAAAAUAG